UAAUUGUGGACGUAGUUCGAGUAUAUUAUCAGGAGAUUAUCCCUAAUCGAAGGCUAUAAGAUAAUCGGCGUGUGCGCACACGGUCAGUGGGUAAAAUGACUCGGUUGGUGAUCUGUGUACUCCUCUGUGUGGCCUCCUUCGUGCAGGGAGGUCACGAGAAAUAUGAAGGCCAUCAAUUGUACCGUGUAUCUGGUCUUAACGAACAGAUCAGAAAAUUAGAAGCAACCCUAGAUGUCCUAGCAGCUACACCAGCAGCCAGGUCUGAAUCUGGCAAGCUUGAGGCUCUCGUCCGCCUGGCUCCUGAGGAGAAAGAACAAUGGCUGCACUACUUCGAAAAGAACAACAUGGUGUACACCAAGAUUGCCGACAAUCUCGCCGAGAUCCUCCGAAAAGAAGAGGCUGGGAUCAAGGCUACGAAAGAGGCUGCCAAACGCAGUGGCAAGUCCAUCUCCUGGGACACUUACUACAGGCAUGAUGAGAUCAACGAUUACUUGGACGAAUUGGCGGAAGAGCACCCUGACCUCGUGACCGUCAUCAACGCAGGUCUCAGUUUCGAAGGUCGCCAGAUCAAAUACGCGAGGAUCUCGUCCACCCGGUUUGAGAACCUUAUGAAGCCCGUCAUCGUCAUCGACGCCAUGGCUCAUGCCAGAGAAUGGGUCACCACUCCCGUAGCCCUCUACAUCAUCCACCAACUCGUGGUGGUGGCUCCAGAAAGCCAAUUGACUCAAUUAGUCGACUGGAUCAUUAUUCCUGUGGUCAACCCUGAUGGUUACGAAUAUUCCAUCGAUGAGGACCGCUUGUGGCGUAAAACUCGCUCUACAGCGCAUGAAGGAGCCGACGAGUGCCCAGGAGUUGAUGUUAACCGCAACUUCGACCACCACUGGGGUACUGCUCCAGACAGCGCUAACCCUUGCUCACUCAUCUAUGAAGGUCCUUCCGCCUUCUCCGAGGCUGAGACCAGGGUCGUCAGAAGCGCUGUCGAGUCGAGCCUGCAGAGAACUUCCCUCUACAUUUCACUACACAGCUACGGAAAUAUGUUCCUUUACGCUUGGGGCAACAACGGUUCGUUACCUUCAAAUGCUUUGAACCUUCACAUGGUCGGUAUCAACAUGGCUCAUGCAAUCGAUGAGAAGGCUUUGGACAAGGCUGACAGGUACAUCGUGGGCAACGCUGCAAACGUUCUCUACUACACAACUGGUACCUCCAGAGACUGGACCAGGGCUGUGGGAAUCCCUCUCACCUACACCUUGGAGCUGCCUGGAUACGAAUACCUGUUCCAAGUCCCCGCUACGUAUGUUGAACAGAUCGUGACGGAGACCUGGGCCGGUAUCGCUGUAGGAGCUCAAUACGUAUUGUCUUCUUGGUAAUGAUUUACUUAAUAGCGGUUUCAAUGUACAUAAAAGAGUUAUUUAAAUAAAUAUUUUCUUUUUUA